AUGCUCGCCCGUCCUAUCCCCAAGGCCAGCAGCCUCAGCGUCGCGACCACAAUGUCCAGGUCGCCCACGCCCAGAUUGCCUGGUUCAUGGCCUGAUCAUUCACAGAUAUCCUUCGCGGAUCCAACUACCGUGAUGUCUUCGGCUGACAUCGCAGAGCUUACCAGCUUCACCGCUGUAACGUACUUGGAUAGAGAGGUAUCCAUAUCCAAAAGGUCCUCCAACGAGCACGUCAUUAACGGACGUACCGCGACCGAAAUAUCUCGCAUCGGCAACGAUCCGACGUCCCCGACCAGCGUUUCUUCUGGCCUGAGCUCGUCUGCAACGAAUGUGAUAUCCGGGCGAGAUGGUUUGAGUCCCAUUUCAACAUCUUCCGGUUUCGCAGAUGUUUCUUCAAACGCAUCUGGAGAUGCGGCAUCACCUUUGACUCUCUCGGACGUGGGCGAUGCCACAUUGCAUGAGAGUAUGACCACAUUUGUGGGACCUUCCGCAGAGAACGUGCAUACAGACAACGACAAGAAACACUUCCCUCUCAAAGGAGAUUCUCCGCACCGAUCUAGUCAACUUAAUAUCUUGCUGCCUUUUCCUUCAUCAACGUCCUCGAGCGCGUCUACCCCAUCCCUCGGCUUCCGCUCCCCUAGACCCAUCCCGGAGCUUCCGUCGCUCACCAACUCCUUAUCUACUGCUGAUACCAGCACGGCAUACCUCUCUCACGCCGAUUCCGCUCUUUUCUCCCCUCUCUCAGCGCCUCUCAGUACAAUAUUACCUUCUCUGCCAUCCGACCUGGACGUAAAUGAUCCAAUUAUCCUGCCUGCGUUACCGCCUUCUAUGCUUGAUCAGACUGAGCGAGUUACUGCUGUCGGCACUUCUGCCACUGGAUCACCCGUAAUUAUUCUCGAUUUUGGAGAACCGCACUCGCCGGAUUCCGCCCAUUUUUCGCCCCCUCGCGACCCCAUCUCUUUCGCCUCCCCAAGUCCGUCCGAAUUCAAUGUCUCGUUGUCACGGAACCAUCUCCAUCAAGAUCACGUAGGCACUACGCCCAGUGUAGAUAGUGCGGUGACGUUCUUGCCAUUGCCUAGCCACUCUGCAUCUCGCGAAACGGGGGUCGGAUCCACAACUCUUGAUCCAGCGGAGAAUUGCCAUUCCCGUGCGCCCGGGGCUGGGAGGACUACUUGGGGGAAUGACGUCGCAUCGAAAGGAGAUCCUAAGGCCGCCACGCUCAAGCGUGGGUUGUUGAAGCGAGUGAAGACAUUUGGAGGGCGGAUCAAAACCUUGUUCAAAAGCGGCAAACCAACCUCACGACAUAGAGAAAGCGUCACACCUACGCUCAUCAGCCCAAACACUCCCUCUCACCCUGUCAGCGUUGCUCUCCCGUCACUGCUUCCCAGCAGUCCGGGGAGUCAGAUCACUCGUACGUCGUUGUCGCACGGUGAGGAUGAAGCAUUGGAGCCCCCUGCGAACGUACUACCAGACGUGUCGCAUAGAUCACGUCAAGCAACGCCAACGUUACCUGCUCGGGCCCCUAACAUGCGAACGAACCGCCGAUUUUCUCUUCCAUCUCUUUUUGUCGCCCGGCAAUCCGUUGCUGAUCCUUCUACGAUACCUCCGCUUCCGCCUCUGCCGGUCAUCGCUCCUACUCCUGAACGCACGCCUAUCGGCUCCCGUCGCGCGUCUUCUCUCGUUCCCCCGUCUACGCCUCUCACGCGUGUCUCAUCGGAACCGGGCUCACGCGGGAUUCCUGCAAUUCAGAAUCCUGCAAUUCGAUCAGAGUCGCAGCGCGCGGUUGACCGUAUGAUGGUCAAUUGGGCGGCGAGCGGGGAUAGCGGUAGUAGGGGUGACGCGGAGGAAGAGGUGAGGGGUCUAGGGAUUGAUCUGGCGAUGAGGAGUGCAAGGGCAGUGGGUCGCGAUGGUGCAAAUACUGUUUAG